UGCCUGAACCUCCGGGGCGACCUCUUAUCAUGGGGUUCAAUUCGCGUUCGGUGAACUCUCCUGGACCCCGUCGACUGACACUCACAACUCGGCCAUCUCUCAUUAUAUCAUCCACAUAAGACAAGACGAAAAAGGUCACUGGGAUGUCGACAAUGGCCGAGCGACCACCAAUAACGCCACCCAGCACACCGUCGAGGGGCUGUCGCCCUUCACGGUCUACUCCUUCAGGGUGGUGGCAGUGAAUGCCCUUGGGCAGAGCGCCCCUUCAAAGGAGUCCUACUACAUGAUCACUCUUAGGGAAUUGCCCGAGGGGAAACCGAUAUUUACGGCCGCCUACAACGCCUCCGCCACCAGCCUCCAGCUCCACUGGAAGCCCCCGGACCUCUCCACAAUCCACGGGGAGUUCCUCGGGUACCACAUCACCCUCAAACCCAGGGACGUCCCCACCAUGCACAGCGACGAACCCGUCAGGAUCACCAUCAGGAACUCAAACGUCACCAGCCAUACAGUACAGGGCCUGCGGACCUACACACAGUACCUGGUCUCCCUUCAGGUUUUUAAUCCUGAAGGAGAUGGACCCAUGUCUACCGUCGCCGUCAUGACCGACGAAGGAAUUCCUGGCCCGCCGGAAAACCUGGAGGUGGUGGCUGUGCACGACCGCUCGGUAGACUUGCGGUGGGCCGAGCCCACGGAGCCGAACGGCGAGAUUCGGGGCUACAGAGUCUAUUACAUGCAAGGCAAUGUCACCACCUCUGUCAAAACUGUCCACGCGAAUAGCGCCGAUAUCAACUUCUCUCUUCACGAACUUGAAUUCUGCAAGUGCUGUAAAGAAAAAUCCUGUUUAUUCAUAGCCCCCAACACCCGCUACAAGAUCUGGACGAAAGCCUACACCCAGCGGCACGAGGGCAAGUCCUCCGCGCCCGUCAACGUCGACACAGACUUCUCCGCCCCUGGGGCGCCCGUCAUCUCCAACCUGACGUGCCAACCCGAUGCCACCCUCUACCUGCAGUGGCUGAGGCCUGCGGUCCUCUACGGCACCGUCGACCUCUACUACAUCUACUACAGGCCUGAAGAUUCCUUCGAGUUCGAAGAGAUUGCUGUCAAUUCCGUCAACAACCGUCUGGAGCAUAACUUUCUCCUGACGAACCUGAGCUACAACACUAUGUACGAAGUGAAAGUGCGAGGCGGCACCUACUCGCGCUUCUUCAAGACGAACAACAAGACCUACAAGGGCCCCUUCUCGCAGCCAAGGAAAAUCCCUUUAUUCCCCGACUGCCACAAGGUGGCUCUGCGAGACCCAUCCCAGGCCGGCCUGGAGAUGAGCGCUGGAAUCAUAGCUGGGAUCAUCUGUGCUACAUUCGCCCUCUUCCUCCUGGUGGUAGCCAUGGUCAUUUGGAGGCGCUUCUUCCAGGGGGCAUACUACUACCUUGAUGACCCUCCAAAAGCCCCCCCUGUCCUUAUGCAUGAUUGGGAAAAUGACAGUGGAGGUGAUGGUGCAUAUGGCCCAGUUGAUGUUCAUGAUUUUGCAAAGCACGUUGCCGAUCUCCACGCUGAUGGAGACAUUGCCUUCUCCAAAGAGUAUGAAGCAAUUCAGGCAGCGUCAGCUCAGGAACAUCAUCCUGCAGAGCACUCUCAGCACCCGGACAAUAAGCAGAAAAAUCGUUAUCUUAACAUCGUUGCAUAUGACCACACACGUGUUCCACUUCGACCCCUCCCUGGACAAAAGAAAUCAAUUGAAUAUGUCAAUGCAAAUUACAUUGAUGGUUAUGAUAAAGCAAGAGCCUACAUUGGAACGCAGGGGCCUCUGCCAUCUACGUUUGACACAUUUUGGCGCAUGGUGUGGGAACAGAGAGUUCACAUAAUCGUGAUGAUCACAAACCUUGUGGAGCGAGGACGGGAAACUGUUAAAAAACAGCCAAAGCUAGCUACCCAAUGCCUAGAGAAAAAGUGUGAUCAAUACUGGCCCAAGGAAGGCAGUGAAAUAUAUGGUCUCAUUCAAGUUCGGUUAGUACAUGAAGAGGUAUUGGCCACAUACACCAUCCGAAAGUUUGCUAUUAGGCAUAUGAAGGUUAAAUGUAAGAAAUCUGGUGGCAGUGAACGUACUGUGUAUCAGUAUCAUUAUACCAACUGGCCAGAUCAUGGUACUCCAGAUCAUCCACUGCCUGUAUUGUCUUUUGUACGAAAAUCAGCGGCAGCAAAUCCUGAAGAUGCUGGUCCUAUUAUAGUUCAUUGCAGCGCUGGUGUGGGAAGAACAGGAACAUACAUUGUCCUGGAUGCCAUGCUACAGCAGAUUCGUGUUAAAGGACGUCUCAACAUUUGGGGCUUUUUGAAGCAUAUUCGUACUCAACGUAAUUUCCUUGUUCAGACGGAAGAGCAGUAUAUAUUUAUCCAUGAUGCACUUCUUGAAGCUAUUCAGAGUGGCGAUACUAAUAUUCCCCGAGCGGGCCUUAGUCGUUAUAUACGCAUGCUACAAGCACCAGGGGGCUCCCAAGAGAAGCCACAACCAUGGUAUCUUUUAAAUCACCAGUUCAAGUUGGUGACACAUUUCCAGCCUAGGGAUUUCAAUGUAGUUAGUGCUGUUAAACCUGUUAACCGAGAGAAGAAUCGCAGCACAGACCAUUUGCCCAUGGAAAAUGGUCGGGUACACCUGACUCCUAAACCUGGAGUUGAUGGCUCAGAUUAUAUUAAUGGCACCUGGUUGAUGGGUCACCAGAGACUAAAAGAAUUUAUUGUUACUCAGCAUCCUUUGCCAGGAACUAUUUUAGAUUUCUGGCAAAUGGUUUGGGACCACAAUGCACAAACUAUUGUAGUUCUUACUUCUGUAGAUGAAGGUCAAGGCUUCCCUCAGUUUUGGCCUGCACAACAUGAUGAUUUUGACUCUGAGAAUUGGAAGGUGCGAUACUUAGAAGAAAAGUUGAAUUCAGGGUUAGUAACUAUUGAUGUUGCAGUACAGAGCUUACAAGAUGAUUACGAGUUACCUGUCAGAUUGAUUCAUGCCCCAGGGUGGCCUCACACACUUCCCGCCCUAACUACUACACUUAGCCUUGUAUCCUUGGUUUCAGAAGCACAUACCAAUUACCAAAAUGGACCACUAAUAGUUGUAGAUAGGUAUGGUGGAACUGAAGCUGCUUCUUUCAGCUUGUUAACCACCCUUAAAAGUCAAGUGGAAUUUGAACAAUACUUGGAUCCAUAUAUGUAUGCUAAACUGUAUCAUAACAGACGGCCUAGUAUUUGGACGAAUCAGGAUGACAUCUUGUUUGUUUACCGUGCAAUGGAAUCUUACACUGCCAGCGAAGGCAGCCAUAGCGGUAGCAGUAGCGACAUGGCUGGCCUCAAUGAUCCUGUCAUUAUGCCUCCUGUUACAACAAUAACCCCAGCUCCAUCUGUACCUAAAGCUGCAUCAUCACUGCCUGUAACUUCUCCACAAACUCCUUCAGCACCUGUUAUUCCUGUUGCUACACCGGCCAGUACCUGUGCAAAUGGACAGGUACCCUCCAAUGGACACGCAACCUUAACAGGGAAUGGUACUAUCAGAGUUCCUCCAGAAGGUAUGGAGGAUGCUCCACAAGCAACUGACAUCCCUCCAGUUUGAGAAAUUGUGGCCUGUGGAAAUAUUGACAUGUGAUCAGUUUUUAUAAAAGUUUGAUUGUGAAUUGGGGUGAAAGAAAUGUGGCCAGUAUCCAAGUAAAAAAUUAAAAGGGCUCAAAGACUGAAAAUGACUACUGGAUGUUGACUACAGUGAAAACACAUCAAUGCAUUUAUUUGUAUUUUAAAAGACAUUUUGAGUAGCUGUAAGUUAUGAAAUCGUCCCAGAUAACAGAGGCAGAUUCCAGUUGGUGUACUGCUGUUAAAAACUAAUGUAUAGAAAAAAUUCACCAGUUGUUCUAUGGAAUUCUGUCUAUUGUUGCUACUUGCUGUUUUUCAUGCUUAAUAGCAACUAUGUGCUGCUUUCCUAAACAACUGCUGUGUACAGUGUAUAGCUAGUUUUAUAAAGAAGGGUAACCAUAGAGAGGUUGUACCCUGUCUGUACAGAAUCAUUUUUCAUAAAUAAUUUGUGUCUUUCAUUUAUGUAUAAUUGGUGACUUCUUCACAUGCUGCUUUAUAGCUUAUACAUUUUAUACAAAAUAUAGAGAAUGAAAAUGGUGGAGAUAUUUUGUCUCCAGUGUAAAAGACAUCUAGUCUAGCAAUAGUUCAUGUAGAUUAGUCUUGUAUAGUAUUUUGGUAUGGAGGUGCAUUGGCCUUGAUUCCAUAGUGCUCCUUUAAAUAUUUAUUUUCUCAGCGAAUCAUAAUUGUCACCUUGUGGAAAUAAUUGUGUAAUUAGUUUGUAUACUAAUAAAUUCAAUAUUUUAUA